CAAUAACACCGAUUCCUCACGUGGCAACAGACCUUGUGUUUUCUGCUGCUUUUAUUUGCUUUUUAUGAUUUAAAUAAUAUAUUUUCAGUCAGUAUUAUAGUGUGCGAGAAUGACUUCGACGUUACAGCCUGAUAGCGAGACUCCGAAUGAAACAUACACAUUUUCUAGUCGUCCACGACCUGUUCCAACUCGUCUCAAAUACAAGGAGCACGCGAUUACACUAAACGAAGGACAAGGAAUCUAUGGAAACAUUAUGUAUGAUCGACGUGUCGUUAGAGGAAAUACCUAUGCCCAACACGUUCUACCACGUACGUCUCAGCCCGACCUUGUUGAGAUUCAAAGGCAGCAAGAGGCUAGAAAAAGAUCCAUCGCAAAAAAACGGGCAAAAGAGUUUCACUCAAGAACCCCAGACGCACUUCAGGGGAGAAAACACACAGAUGUGCAGACUGAGUUAUACUUGGAGGAGCUGAGUGAUCUUACUGAGGAUACCAGUGUGGGAUGUCAAACAGAUGCAUUCCUGGACAAACCAACCACUCCUCUCUUUAUCUCUGCCAAAUCUGGAAAAGAUGUAGCCACACAAAUAGAGGAAAGCGAGGUACAGCUUUUUGACUUUGAUGUGGAAGCCCAGCCUGUGUUGGAGGUGCUAGUAGGAAAGAUCAUGGAGCAGGCUUUACUGGAGGUUUUAGAGGAGGAAGAGCUAGCUGUCUUGAGGACACAACAACGCGCUUUCCAGGAGCUACGUGACACUGAAAUGGUGGAGGUUGAGCGCCUGGAGGAACAGGAGAGGCGUCGCCGUGAGGAGAAGGACUGCAGAAUUAAGCAGAAAAGGGCAGUUCUAGAGAAGGAGAGAGAGACAGCAGAAAAAAUUGCUGCUAGAGUGUUCGCUCAGCAUUAUCUCGCUGACCUGCUUCCCUCAGUCUACACCACUCUGGAGGACCAUGGCUAUUUCUCUGACCCAGUGCAGAGAGAUAUAGAGACAGGAUUCCUUCCCUGGCUGGUGACGGAAGUAAACAGUGCUUUGGAGAAGCGACAAAUUGCACUUACAGUAUUUGACAUUCUCAUCCAAGAUGUGACCAACUGCAGAAGAGAGAUGUUUCAGAUUGUCAACCCUGAAUGAUAUUGCCUUCCUCUGUUGGUUGUUCCUGAGAUGGACUUCCAGUAUCUAUGGGGUGUGUGAUCGAAAAAUCAACAUUAAAUAACUAAUAGAGAUAAAUAGAAUUUAGCCUUUAAUUGUAUAUUAAUACCCAGAAUAAAAACAGUGCAUGGUACUGUGUUUCAAUUUCACUAUUAUAUAGGAAAAAGUAAUUACUUAUAAUUAAAUAAAGAAAAUGUAAAAUCUA